AAGGAACUCUGCAAAGAGUUGCAGCCUGCUGCGGGGUCUCCCUAGAUGGGGAGGAGAGGUUUCUGUAGUCAUUCUAAUAGGACGAAAGGGCAGCGGCAGAAGAACACCAUGCUCUCCUCGGGGCAGGGAGAGAGGGAGACGCGAGCAGCACUUGCUGUGAGAGCCCCUGGAAACACUAAGGAGAGCGAAGGAAGCCGAGGGGCCCCUCCCUAAGCCUGCGGCCAGCAGAGCGCCGCCGCCGCUGCCACGGCGACAGCCGUGCUUUUUUUGCUUGGUGAGCAGAGCACAGCAGGCCAGGCCGCAGGCUCGCUUUGCAGCGUUGCCGUCCAGAGGCAUGCACCUCCUUGCGGCCCGGAGGCGAGCAGCACGUGCCGCCGGCCCCAGCUGAGGCGGCUUCCUCCAGGCUGCGACGUGGGCCGGAGCAGAUCCACCUCCCGAGGCCUGGGGGCGGCGAGAGGAAACCAAGGAACUAUACUUCAAGAACCUUUCUAAGCAGAAACAAAAGCAAGUUAUGGAGAAGAAUGGGAACAACCGAAAACUUCGUGUUUGUGUUGCUACUUGCAACCGGGCUGAUUACUCCAAAUUGGCCCCAAUCAUGUUUGGCAUUAAAGCAGAGCCACAGUUCUUUGAGCUGGAUGUUGUGGUUCUGGGCUCCCACCUGAUUGACGACUAUGGUAACACCUACCGUAUGAUUGAACAGGACGACUUUGACAUCCACACCAGAUUGCACACCAUAGUGAGAGGAGAAGAUGAGGCAGCCAUGGUGGAGUCUGUAGGCCUUGCCUUGGUCAAGCUGCCAGAUGUCCUCAAUCGCCUCAAGCCUGACAUAAUGAUAGUCCACGGAGACAGAUUCGAUGCUCUGGCACUAGCUACAUCUGCAGCCUUAAUGAAUAUUCGAAUUCUUCACAUUGAAGGCGGAGAAGUCAGUGGGACCAUAGAUGAUUCCAUCAGGCAUGCCAUAACCAAGCUGGCUCAUUACCAUGUGUGUUGCACAAGGAGUGCAGAGCAGCAUUUGAUAUCUAUGUGUGAAGACCAUGAUCGCAUCCUCCUGGCAGGCUGCCCUUCAUAUGACAAGCUACUGUCUGCCAAAAAUAAGGAUUACAUGAGCAUUAUCCGCAUGUGGUUAGGUGAGGAUGUAAAACCAAAGGAUUAUAUAGUUGCUUUACAGCACCCUGUGACCACAGAUAUUAAACAUUCCAUAAAGAUGUUUGAACUUACUUUGGAUGCCCUCAUCUCGUUUAACAAGAGAACACUGGUUUUAUUCCCAAAUAUUGACGCAGGGAGCAAAGAAAUGGUUCGGGUCAUGAGAAAGAAAGGCGUUGAGCACCACCCAAAUUUCCGUGCAGUAAAGCAUGUUCCAUUCGACCAGUUCAUUCUGUUAGUGGCUCAUGCUGGCUGUGUGAUUGGGAACAGCAGCUGUGGUGUACGAGAAGUUGGGGCAUUUGGUACACCUGUCAUCAAUCUUGGAACGCGCCAGAUAGGGAGAGAAACAGGGGAAAACGUCCUUCAUGUCCGCAAUGCUGACACCCAGGACAAAAUACUGCAAGCUCUGCAGCUCCAGUUUGGCAAACAGUACCCUUGUUCAAAGAUAUAUGGAGAUGGGAAUGCUGUUCCAAGAAUCCUGAAGUUCCUCAAGUCUAUUGAUCUCCAAGAACCACUUCAGAAGAAAUUCUGCUUCCCUCCUGUAAAGGAAAACAUCUCUCAGGAUAUUGACCACAUCCUAGAGACCCAGAGUGCACUGGCAGUAGAUCUGGGUGGAACAAACCUCCGGGUAGCAAUUGUCAGCAUGAAGGGUGAAAUAGUUAAGAAACAUACCCAGCUGAACCCCAAAACCUAUGAGGACAGAAUAGAAUUGAUCCUUAAGAUGUGUGUAGAGGUUGCUUCAGAAGCAGUUAAUCUGAAUUGCAGAAUUCUGGGUGUGGGCAUUUCUACAGGUGGACGGGUAAAUCCCCGAGAAGGUGUUGUUCUUCAUUCCACAAAACUUAUUCAGGAGUGGAGCUCUGUUGACUUGCGAACUCCAAUAUCGGAUGUGCUGCAUUUGCCAGUUUGGGUAGACAAUGAUGGCAACUGUGCAGCUCUGGCAGAGAGAAAAUUUGGACAUGGAAAAGGAGUAGAAAACUUUGUAACCCUCAUCACUGGUACAGGUAUUGGUGGUGGAAUCAUUCAUCAAAAUGAACUGAUCCAUGGAAGUUCUUUUUGUGCUGCUGAGCUUGGACACAUUAUGGUAGCUUUAGAUGGCCCCGAGUGCCUGUGUGGGAGCCAUGGAUGUAUAGAAGCAUAUGCUUCCGGAAUAGCCUUGCAGAGAGAAGCGAAGAAAUUGCAUGAUGAAGAUGCAUUGUUAGUGGGAGGGAUGUCUCUAAAGAAGGAAGAGAUGGUAACUGCUGCACAUCUCAUUCAAGCAGCUAAACUAGGAAAUCCAAAAGCUGACGCCAUUGUUAGAACAGCAGGAACAGCUCUGGGCCUUGGUGUUGUGAACAUCCUGCAUACGAUUAACCCCUCCCUUGUGAUCCUUUCUGGUGUUUUGGCCAGUCAUUAUGUCAAUGUUGUCAAAGACGUGGUUCAUCAGCGGGCCUUGUCCUCUGCGCAGACAGUGAAUGUGGUUGUCUCUGACCUGGCAGAUCCUGCCCUGCUUGGAGCUGCGAGUAUGGUCCUGGAUUAUACUACACGCAGGAUAUACUAGACAUCUGGCAAAGCUGUUGAAAUAGAUUGCUGCUGUUUAUAAUGGCUCUUUGAAAAAAGAGUUCCUACUGAACCUCAGCUUUCACUUUUAAUAUUAAAAGCAAGCUGUUUUCAGGUAA